AUGCGGGGUCGUGCUUCCGGCACUUGCUUAGUUUCGCAUUUGAAGUUGAAGCCCUAUCCCAGUAUGUUGUCCUCCCUGGCCGACUUGUCAUCUCGUCUUGUUGAAGGCGUUGUCAACAUUGGCGGUGGUGUCAAUAUGUUCGUUGCGUCUGUGUAUGGUCCUACCCACACAGUGACGUUCUUUGAUCCAUGGACUGUCUUGUCAAGGCUUUGUGCUGAAGUUUUUGACCAUGCCUUGGCCUUUAAGGGUCCUGCAGUUAUCAUGGGUGAUUUCAACGUAGAAAUUCAGAACUUACCUAGAUGGCCUGCUCUUCAGCGUGCCGGGUGGGUAGAUGCAGCAAAAUUUGAUGCAAAUCGGAGGCAGACUCUUCCACAGCCAACCUGUAAGGAGAAGACGCGCAAGUCCUUCAUCUUAAUCAAUCCUAUGCUUGUUCAGUCGUUGCUCUGGUGCGACAUCAUUGAAGAAUUUGAGUUUGAUGCACAUCCUUUGCUUGCGGCUGAUUUUGAUUUGGAGGUGAUGAUCAAACCCUUUUCUCGAUGGUGGUUACCCGCUACCACUGACAAUUUUCUUUUUGAUCAUGAUUUGCUGGAAAGUAAUGCAGAUGCAUGUGUUGCUGCGAGAGGGGAGAAGUUUCAUACUGCAAUCCAAAGAAAAGAUGGUGAGGAAACUUUGCGACAACUCAACCUUGCGUUUGAAGAGUGUUUGAGCAAUUCUUGUGUUGACUCUGUUGGACAUAGAGUGGUCUUGCCUCAACGAUGUCUCGGCAGGUGUCGCAAAAGCACCAAGCGAUUGUCCAAUCCCAGUGCUCCUAUUGUCAAACAUGCACGGCAGGGUCAUUUUAAUCCUGAUGUUUGUCAACCUUCCUCCAUCAUACGUAGCAUGGUGAAGCAAGUUCGUCGAUUGCAGAGCCUGGAAUCUCAACUGCAGGCUUGUCUCAGGAAAAGUCAUGAAGAGCCAUCGGAAGUUUGUAGGAACUUGUGGACUUCUGUUCUUCAAGCACGAGGAUUCUUUCCCUCUUUCCAGAGCUUCAUCCUUACUGAGUUUGGAGUGUUUGUCCCAAUUGGUUGCCCUAGGGUGGAGUAUGUACAUUACCUUGUCGUGACUUUGCAGGAGCAUGUCCAGAAAAUUGUUGCCGAAACCAACAAGUCAUUGCGAUUUGCCAGGGAAUGCAGGGUUUUGAAAGACAUCCAAAAAGGGGGUUCUGAAGCCUACAAAGCGGUCAAGGACCCUAGUGCGCCACCCUUCCAUGCCAUCACUCAAGAAAUCACUGCCAAAGUGGUGCCAAUGAGGUGGUCUAAAGAAGGACAAUGUCACUUGAAAGUUGGAGAAGUUCAGGAGGGCUUUGACUUUCAGUUCCCAGCAUAUUUUCAGGGGCAAGAAUUCUUUGUCCGUGAAGUUAAAGGUGCUUGGUGGAUCUUGGAUCGUAAGGUCAAAUGGAAAUCCACUACUGACUGGAAGGUUGUGCAAUACAAAGUCAUUGCUGACCGUGGAAAGAUGCAUGAUCUCACCGGUGCAGCUUGGUCGAGAAUGUGGCAGCGAGAGUCGGUUGGUGAUUCUGAAGCGGACUGGGAAAUGGCUUUUGCCGAGUUGCAUCACAUUCGUGAUUUCUCUUGUAUGCAAUUUCAAAAGUUGGAUGCCGUAGAGUGGAAACGUCAUGCUGCGACGGUGCCUAGAAAAUCUGCAAGAGGUUCUUGUGCGUACACGCCUAGAGAACUACUCCUCAUGCCAACUGCUCUUGUUUCAUGGUUGCUUGACAUGAUUGAUGCCAUUGAACAUGGUGUUUUUCUUUGGCCCAGGGAGUUGAUGGUUGCGAGGGUUGUCAUGCUGGCUAAAUCAGCCGAACAGCCGACAUGUCCCUUGAAGAUUAGGCCCAUCACUAUCACUUCUAGGUUGUACCGCAACUGGUCCAGAUAUCGGUCAAUGCAGAUCAUUCAACAUGUCCGUCAGUUCAUUCCACCACAUGUUGCGGGUUGUGCUGCGGGGAUUGGUUCGGAUAUGCUUGCUGCUACGAUCAUGCUGGAAGUGGAGAAAGCUUUGCUGUGUUCUACACCCCGUUUAGGCCUCACAGUGGACCUUAUCAAAUGCUUCAACCUUAUUCCUCGGAUACCUGUGAUUGCUGCCAUGAGACGUAUGGGUAUCCCUCAUCAGUAUUUGGUUGCAUUGCAGGGGAUGUUUUCUCAGCUUAGACGUGUACUUGAACUUGGUGGUGAGAUUGGGCCUGAAUUGGCUUCAACGACUGGAGUACCUGAGGGUUGUGCCAUGUCUAUUGUGGCAAUGACUGCACUUUCUGCUUGGGCUGCGAGUAUACUUCAAUGUACGGAUGAUUAUUCCAAUACGUUGUGUAUUGCAUACGCCGACAAUUGGGGCUUUUUGGCUGAUACUAUUGGACAAUUACAAACUGGUUUGGACAAACUGCAUCAGUUUAUUUGUGCCUUAAAAAUGAAGAUUGCGCCUGACAAGAGCUGGUCAUGGGCGACACAUGCUAAACAGAGAGCUCAACUGAAAUCUUUAUCGCUUGAUGGUCAGAGUGUGCCCAUUCGGCAUGUAGCCAACGAGCUUGGUUGUGAUGUCUCUUAUUGUAAACGUGUGUCCAAGGCUGUCACCAAAACUCGAUUGCAGAAAACUGUCAGGGUUCUUCACAGAGUUUCAGCUAGGAAGUUGCCUAGAGUGUUUAAAACCAGAAUGACAAAGCAACUGGUGACAGGUGUUGCUGGUUACGGCAGUGAGCUGGUGUACCAUACUCCGUCCGAUCUCAGGACCUUGAGGUCUGCAGCUUGCAAAGCCAUUGGGAGGUCCAGAGCUGGUAAUAACCCUUACCUGGCCAUGCAUGUUUCUGAAGGAUUAGAGGACAUUGCCCUUUCACUUUUGAUUCGGAAGGUCAUGUUUUGGCGGAGGUAUUUCCGGUCGUUCCCUACGAUUAAGUCUGCCUUUUUACAGGCGUUGGUAACUGGUCAACACAGGAAUGGAGCUACUGCCUUUUUGAGACGGACUUUCUUGGAUCAUGGUUGGACUUGUCAUCAUGGUGGGCUCAUCGUGCACCAUCGUGGUUGGAAAAUGAACUGGACGACAGCAAGUCGACAUCACGUGCGUAAGUUGUUUUCUUUGUCAUGGUCUGCUAUGGUAUGCUCACACGUGUCUCAUAGAACUGGUUUUGACGCUUUGUGUGUGGACGUUCCUGCAGUGCACUUAGCCACUUCCAAGCUUGGGGACGCUGCAAAAACUGAUGCGUUGAAUUUGGCCACAGGUAAACAUGUCACUAACGACGCUUUGGUGCACUAUGCUAAGGGAUCUUCCAGCAGCAAAUGUCCCUUUUGCAAUGUCAAAGAUGGUCGUACACACCGUGUGUGGCAUUGUAGUGGUACAAAGCAAUUUCGAGAAAGGUAUCCUGAGGUUAUGGAAUGGCUAUCCAAUCAAGACACAGUUGUUGCGCAGUGGGGCUUGCUUCCGAUUGAGCUGGAUUGGGCUGAUUGGAGAUUUGAAAGCAGUGACCCUAUUCCUGUUGUGCAGAUGCCAGAGCGUAUGGCUGGAGAUAUGAAGGAUGUUUUCACCGAUGGAAGUGCUGUUGGACAAGGGUUGACUGGCUUCACUGUUGCCACCUCAGCUUAUGUUCAAUGUGAGACCUAUCAGGUGAUUACGAAAUGUGCGGAAGUUGUGCCAGGAAACGAUCACUCUUCUUACAGAGCUGAGGUUUGGGCUGUCAUUAUGGCUUUACGUGAUUUUUAUAGAUUGCACAUUUUCACUGACUGUGCCAGUGUUUGUGAUAAUUUGAGUGCAAUCUUUUCUGCAUUGCGUUCACAGUCGAUACCCAAGUUUUCUGAUCACGAGGACCUUUGGAUGCUUGUUUGGCAGUUGCUGCGUCAACGUGACUUUGAUGCUGUGAAGAUUACAAAGGUGAAAGCACAUCGCAACCCCAAGCAUGUUUUUGAUCCUUAUGAACGCUGGAUGGUCGUGAUGAACAACAAGGUUGACAGUUUGGCGAAACGUUUCAUGCGAUCAUACUUUGGUCUGGAUCUUGAUGCCAUAACGGAUCGUAUUCACACACGUGAGCAUGAUGUUUGCAUGUUGAGUAAGUUUCUUGAAAUGUGGAAUCUGAUCAAUGAGCAGGCCAUUAAGGUUUGUAGAAGGGAUUCCACCCCAACUGUUGUGACUUCCUCCUUCAAGUUGUUCUUCGAUGCCGCUCAUGCUACAGUUGUUCCUUGCGUUGUGGACGCGGAUACCAUUAGGGCUUGUGACUAUGGGAGUGUUUUUGCUGAACGUGUUGUGAGAUAUUUUCAUAACUUGGAAUGGGACUACACUCAGCCCGCAGUCAGUAUGUUGGAACUUUACAUCGAUUUUGCAUUGUGGUCUGGAACCAUUGCGCCGGUUCUCUUUCGCCAUGGUGCCAAGAGGUGUUACAAAUUACCUGACAUGUGCCCGGAAGCUGAUGUUGUCCCGACAACGCUUCGUGAGCAAAGCCGAACAUGGACCAAGAUGCUUGCAUGGUUACGUUGCCAUUGUGAUAGUGCUCCACCUAAACCUUCGACUUCAUGCCGUAGUCUUGUUAAGGUUGGGUACAGUCAACAGCAUUAUGGUGUUCCCGGUACACCGAAGUUUCGGAGUGGCAUGAAAGUUCUUGAGGUGCUGGACGACAACAAAAUGCUUUGCCUGGCGAAUGGUGAGCGAAUCAAGUUGCCACCCACCAUGACGAUGAUGUUUGAAGUCCAGGAUUUAAAGGCGCCGAUAUGGGGAGAACUGCACCUGGGAUGUGGCAUCGCCUGCAACCAUCAGCCGGUGCGGAAUGGUCCGGGUAGCCGCUGCGGUGAUCGAUUAUUGGGAUCUGUCGAGGCAGUUGAGGCUCAGUACCCGGCGAGGUAUAAGAAGACAUUUAUCGACUGUGGCGAUGCCUCAGCUGCGGACACUCCACGUAGCAAGAGUCUUCCACCGAAAAACUCUGCCAUUGUUUUAACAGAGGAUGAGCGUUGGCGCAAUCACUACGUUGAAGGUUUGAAGGAGCGGGUGAGCGACGAAUUCGAAUGGCCCUCGGAAGAGGUUGAAUGGACCUCCGGAAGUCUUGGGCACCCUGAACUCUGCGGCAAGCCUUGCAUUCGCUUUUACUUCGGAAAUUGCACCAAGGGUCUGCAGUGCCAGUUUUGCCACUUGGAGCAUGACGAGCCAAAGAGGAAGUUGGACAAGGUGCAGCGACGCAACCUGGACAACCUGAGCGAACCGCAGGUUAUCUCCCUUCUGCUUCAUCAGCUCCAGACACGCAGUCGCCAACAAGGCCUCACGGACCAGCUCAUCCUUGUUCUGGCCUGCCUUCGCCGUGAGGUUCGCAUUUGGCGCUUGAACGACCGGCAGUUUGCAAGUAACGAGGCCCGCCUCAAUCGCGAGCUCCGUGCCACCUUUGCCAACGUCUUCAAGAAACUCAGUGUGGCCCGGCUGCUGGACCUGCUGAAGAAUCAUCCCGCGGUGUCACAAGAUCUGAAGGAUCAAGUCUUGGGACUUCUGGCGUCUGCCGCCUCCAGCGGAAGUCCGUGA